AUGUCUUUCGUCAAGCUUGCGUCCAUCGUUGCUCUCGCCACUGCCGCCAGUGCUGCCGUCACCAAGCGCGUUACCUGCGCCGACGGCAACAUCACCGCCAACGAGGCAUGCUGUGUUCUCUUCCCCAUCCUCGAAGACAUCCAGACGAACCUGUUCGACGGUGGCGAGUGUGGUGAGGAGGUUCACGAGUCUCUUCGUCUGACGUUCCACGACGCUAUCGGUGUGUCUCGGGGCAACCCGGCCGUCGGUGGCGGUGCCGAUGGAUCCAUGAUCAUCUUCGCGUCGACUGAAACGGCAUUCCACGCAAACGGCGGUAUCGACGACAUUGUAGACGCCCAGACGCCAUUUGUCCAGGCGCACCCGGAGAUCUCCGUCGGCGACUUCAUCCAGUUCGCGGGAGCGGUCGGUGUCUCCAACUGCCCUGGCGCUCCCCGUAUUCCGUUCCUCCUCGGUCGCAAGAACGCCACUGCACCGGCACAGGACUUGACCGUUCCCGAGCCUUUUGACACCGUCGACAGCAUUCUCGCUCGCUUUGCAGACGCCGGCGGCUUCACUCCCGCCGAAGUCGUCGCUCUCCUCGCUUCGCAUACCGUUGCGGCCGCCGACCUUGUCGACCCGACCAUCCCCGGUACCCCCUUCGACAGCACGCCCGGCACCUUCGACACCCAGUUCUUCGUCGAGACUCAGCUCCGCGGCACGCUCUUCCCCGGUAACGGCGCGAACCAGGGCGAGGUACAAUCCCCGCUCCGUGGCGAGAUUCGGCUGCAGUCCGACUCUGAGCUCGCUCGCGACUCGCGCACUGCAUGCCUCUGGCAGGCGAACGUCAACAACCAGCAACACAUGAUGACCUCGUUCUCCGCCGCGAUGGCCAAGCUUGCCGUGCUCGGCCAGGACACCAGCAAGAUGGUCGACUGCUCUGACGUCAUCCCCGUUCCCAAGACGUUCACCAAGGCCGCGACGUUCCCGGCUGGUCUCUCGAAGGCCGACGUCGAGCAGGCCUGCGCGACCUCUGCGUUCCCCACUCUCGCCACUGACCCCGGCCCGUCGACCUCGGUCGCCCCUGUUCCUCCCUCUUAA